UGAGCGUCAAUCGCAAUCGCCUCAAGUCGACACCAUGGCAGACGACGUCGUCGCAGAGCUCAACGAGCUCUUUGCAGGAGCCGCUCCAGGUGGAAUUCCCAAGGAUGUUCUGGCAGAGUUGCAGUCCAUCCUGCGGGUGCAUUCCAUCGCCCCGCAAGAGCUGUUCUAUAAAUGGGAAUCAUAUUGUUUGAAGAUGGGCGCGGAGGAGACGAAACUGAACCUGGAUACCGUUCGUAUGUUCAAGCGAGACGUGCAGGACAUUUUGGAGCGCGAGAGUCGAGGCAAGGCUGGACGACAUGCGGAAACCAGAAAGGCGACCACGGCAACCCCUCGGGCUAAUGCGACCUCCGAUGUAUUUGGCAUGUUCGACGGCUUGACACCCAAUGCCUCUCACAACCGAACGCCCAAUAAUGCCAAUGGCUCAGCGAAGCGGAAGUCCGAUUUCGGGUCACCGUCCAUCUCGAAGGUUGGGAGAGGAGGCAACAAUGAGUCUCCGAUGGGCACAAAAGCUGCCCGUAAAUUGGCAAACGGCGGACCUGUGGGUGAUGGGCCUCAACCGGUACCCUUCUCGGAACGCCCGAAUCCUGGACAGACAGUCGAAACCCUCAACUCGCAGUUAUCGGCCCCUGACACCCCGAUGGCACCCUACUCGGAAGCUCGGAUAAAACCGACGGCGAAUACGGAUCUGAAGAAAUUCGGUUAUAAGCCCAUGGCAAUGCGGCAAUCGGAAGCGUCCGAGAUCCUGGACGAUCGAAUCGAUGAGUUCAUGGCGUUAUUCCAGAAACAAUACGAGACUGAGGAUCUGCCGUUUGGCAGUGCGUCCAUCCAAAGUACAAGUGAGGUUGUUGCUGUUGGGCGGAUCGCAUCAGACAGCCUGGAAGGGAAGCUCAACCCAGCGUCCCUUGUACUAGAGACAUCAAGACGAACGGGAGCCGGUCUACGGGUGCCUUUGAAAAUCGAGUCACUCCCGUCGGUGAACUUCAUCCCCGGGCAGAUCGUGGCGCUGAGGGGUAUCAAUGCUUCGGGCAAUUAUUUCUCAGUCAAAGAGAUACUUCCGACGCCGCUUCUUCCUCCAGCCGCUUCGUCUGUGGCGGCGCUGGAUAACAUCAACAACCGUUUAGAAGAGUCUGGCUCUUCGCCAUUGAACGUAUUAAUUGCCUCGGGCCCGUAUACAGCUGACGACAAUUUGGAGUUCGAGCCGCUGCACGAGAUCUGCCAAAAGGCCGCGGACAGCCUCGCGGACAGCCUUAUCCUGAUGGGACCAUUCUUGGACAUCGAACAUCCCCUGCUGGCAUCGGGUGACUUCGAUCUCCCCGAAUUGAACGGAUUGGACCCGGACAUGGCAACCCUUACCACAGUGUUCCGGCAUUGCAUCUCAACGCCACUACAGCGGCUGGCUGCCGCCGUGCCCAGCAUUACCAUCGUCCUGCUGCCGUCCGUCCGCGACGCUGUGAGCAAACACGUUUCCUGGCCGCAGGAACAGCUCCCGAAAAAGGAGCUGGGACUGCCGAAGCAAGUGCGCAUGGUGUCCAACCCCGUGACCUUAUCCCUGAAUGAAACCGUCAUCGGCAUGGGCUCGCACGAUGUCUUAUACGAACUCCGCAAGGAGGAGGUUCUUCACGGACGGCCUGCGGAAGGAAACCUGCUCACGCGACUCCCCAACUACCUCAUCGAGCAAAGACACUUCCUUCCGAUCUUCCCCCCAUCCUCACGAGACUCGUUCCCCAAGCCUCCCAUCGAGGACAACUUGGCCACGGGAGCCAUGCUCGACGUCAGCUACCUCAAGCUCGGAGAGUGGUGGAACGUCCGGCCCGACGUGCUCAUCACGCCGAGCAUGCUCCCACCAUUCGUCAAGGUGGUCAACAGCGUCCUAGUCAUCAACCCGGGCACACUCUCCAAACGACGCGCAGCCGGAACCUACGCGCAGAUGGCCAUCCACCGCCGAGACAUCGACGAGGAGGAACGCGACCAGAAACAGCUCAGCCACAAGCUUUACGAACGCGCGCGCGUAGACAUCAUCCGGAUUUAGGAUCUAAUGUAUCGAUAGGACUAGUGACCAUGAAUGAACUAAUGACCGGG